CUGGAACGAAGAGACAUGAAUAUUAAACGAGGUAACCUAUGCAGAUCAACUUUCACCUGCCACAUGCGGAUAUGCUACCAUCACGUCCUAUCACUUCCUACCACCACCAUCAUCAUUCCUCUCCGCCGCCUCCCUCAUUGUGUCCACCAUUUCAUUUGCCUCUUGAUAUCCCUCCGGCGUCCGAUCGAUCCCGUAAGAGUCCAUGAACCCUCCCGUUCCUCCCCAAGGCUUGGCAUAUUCGUAGUUGGACAUCGAACCCGCGCCGCGCUCCUCACGGUCCUCGCCACUGUCCUCAUCUUAAUCAGAGUCGGAGGUGGAGCUUCUGCAGUCCUCGAAAGUGUCUUCGUCCUCGACCUCGUCGUCUGCUUCGGCAUCACUGCAAUCAUCAUCUCCGUCCUCCUCUUCAACGUCCUCUUCUUCUUGGUCUCCGCCGUCGUCAUCAUCAUACGGAUCGUCAUCAUCUUCUACGUCGUCGCUACUGUAGUCAUCAUCCCAGUCGUCGUCAGACAUUGUGGAGCAGCAUUGGUAGAGGGAUGUGAGAGGUGAGGAAUGUGCUCUUGGAGACGAUCUCUGGGUGGCUGUAUAAGCCUUCGAAGCCUGGAUGUUGGUUGUGUGUAGGUAGCGAUGAUCGUUUUGUAAAAAAGAUAAUAGUUGACGAAUGAGGAAAUAAGUGGUUUGACAGCACACGGAUUUCAGUCUGGACUCUGGGUUGUUGAACCAUACGGAGGUUAUCACGUGAAGCGACGAUGUGUUGGUGAGAGUGUUGAC